ACAAGGUCCCAGCCACCCCAGUGACAUCCUUAGAAUGCAGGGCCGGCAGGUCCAACUCGCCCUUUUUGCGACCGUUAAUAGAGGUCCCGGGAAUCAGGUCCUGGUCCAAAGUCCCAGCGCCCGUUAAAGCUCAGCAUCUGGGGGUUGUUACUGCUCCGGACCUUUUCUCGGCGUCGGGGACUCCUAGGUCACUGACAGCUCCACGAGGGCAGAGAACGUCGUCUGUUCUGUGACUGCUGUACCCCAACACCUAGGUUACUUCGAGCAGGAGGGCUAACCUCUUCUGGUCCCUUCCUUGCUUGCUGCUUUCUUCCUAUACGCCAAGCCCCUUUCCUCCUGCCUGCCCUCCACCCCGGCAGCCCACCGCCGACUCUGGGCGGGGAUGAUCAAUGUUCUAGGCGUGGGCUGAAGUUAAAGUAUCUGGGGCUUUGCUGGAAGGCCUGCCUCCGUCAGGAAAGCAACGGCUGGGCUGAGCGGCUGCCUCUGGGAGGCACCCUGCCCGGGCCACGGAGCCGUCAGCCUCCUGGAAAAGUCCCCGAAUGGGGACUGAGCCUGCCAUCUGGAGUUGGUAGGCAGGAGCUUCCCGGCGGCACUUCAGGGCCUUUCGGUCCCCGCCCGGCCCGCCACGCGCUGAGGCGCCGCGGAGCGCCCUCCGGUGGCCGCCGGCCGCACUGCUCGUGACUGGUGGGGACGGCGGCGGCGGAAGGGGAGGCGCGGGGCCUACGAGGUCGGGCGGCCAUGGCGCAGCCGGCGCGGGAGGAGCUCUCGGCCCUGGCCGCGAUUUUCUGCGGGCCCAACGAGUGGGAAGUGCUGAGCCGCUCAGGCUGCUUGAGCUGCAUCCUUGCAUGCCAUGGCUCAUGGACCCCUCUCCAUAUUCAGAGCCAGCAGCACAGCUUCUGGCUUCAAAACAGAUGGGACCGUGUUCAAAAUUCUUACAAAAGCUGAAGGACUUACGGAUGCAGAUGUACCGUUAGAACUAGUGUUCCACUUACCGGUCAGUUACCCUUCAUGCCUGCCUGGCAUCUCAGUUCACUCUGAACACCUGACCAGGGCCCAGGCUGUGACUGUGAAAGAUAAGUUACUUGAGCAAGCAGAGAACCUUUUGUCAGGACCUAUGGUUCACGAACUGAUUCUCUGGAUUCAGCAGAAUCUCAGGCACAUCCUCAACCAACCAGAAACUGAAAGUGGCAGCGAAAAGUGUACUUUUGCAACAAGUGUGACAGUGGGUGAUGGAUUGUGGAUGACCCUUUUGCAUUUGGAUCACAUGAGAGCAAAGGCCAAAUACGUCAAAACUGUGGAGAAAUGGGCUUCCGAUUUAAAGCUCACAGGAAGACUGAUGUUCCUGGGUAAAAUAAUACUGAUUUUACUACAAGGAGACAGAAACAGCCUCAAGGAGUACCUGGUUCUUCAGAAAACCUCCAAAGUAGAUGUGGAUUCAAGUGGAAAGAAAUGCAAAGAAAAAAUGAUGAGUGUACUGUUUGAGACAAAAGUACAGGCAGAGCACAAAAGGUUUCUGGCAUUUGAAGUCAAAGAGUGUUCAUCGUUGGAUGCGCUACAAAAGGAGUUUGAAACUGCAGGACUUAUGAGGCUUUUCUCCGAAUUUGUACUUGGGCUGGUAAAAUGAAAUGGAGGACAGGAAUCUUUGAGUGAAAUAGCAGUGUUUUGCAUUUUUUUUCACUUUUUGUUUGUUUUUUUUUACAUUGGAUUUUGGGAGGUGCUAAUUGAAAUACGAGGAAACAAUUAAAAACUUUCUCUGAAGCAAAAUGAUAGUCACCAUCUUAACUUCAGGAAUGAAAGCCAGUUCUGUUUAUAGAAUAUGAAACAAUAAAAAUACCCAUGUAUUCUAAUUUUUGCCAGUAAAGGUUGGGUUCAAUAGAUAAAAUGUUAUUUGAAAGAUAAAUAUAAAAAGAUGCUGGUAAAUGAGCCCUUGUGUUUAUUCAGAGGAUUUGUUUGGCACUGUGCAAUUUUCUGGCUCAUUUUCUCAUAAUUAAAUCAGUUUUUAAAAGA